CGUCAGUAGCGAAGCUACAUAUAUUCACAGUCAGUGAGGUAGAAGCUGUGUUUAUUUGAAGGAAGUCCGUGUUGACGUUCGUUCUGCUGGUCAAGAAACUACUCACCUGCUUCUGAGAACAACAUCGGGUCACUGUGUUUUCUUCAGCUUCACAGGAGCAAUGCAUUAACACACCCCAGACAGUAGGCUUGGCCAGCCAUCCCCUCAGUCAUGUCUGCAUGUAGACGUUGACCGCCUAAUAGCACUGCUUGGAAUUUGAUCCCUGCGGUAGUAGGCUAGCAUGAUUUACCACUGGGAUACUUGAGUGCACUGUAUUUCUAAUUAUUAUUAUAAUUAUUACAGUACAGAAAGGUACAGCUUUUCACCAUAGUGCCAUGGAGUUUCCAGAUCUGGGUGAACACUGUUCAGAAAAGUCCUGCAAGCAGCUGGAUUUUCUGCCGAUGAGAUGUGAUGCGUGUGAAGAUAUUUUCUGCAAAGACCACAUAACUUACGCUAGUCACAAGUGUACUUCCUCGUAUAAAAAGGAUGUCCAAGUCCCAGUGUGCCCACUUUGCAAUACCCCAAUUCCCAUCAAAAGAGGGGAAAUGCCAGAUAUCAAGGUUGGGGAGCAUAUAGACCGUGACUGCAAGUCUGAUCCUGCACAAAGAAAAAGAAAGAUUUUUACAAAUAAAUGCUCCAAAGGAGGCUGCAAGCAGAAGGAAAUGAUUCGUGUGACCUGUGACCAGUGUCACCUGAACUACUGUCUUAAGCACAGACAUCAACUGGACCAUGAUUGUAAGACUGAUGGCAAGUCGGUCUCUAAAUCAGGACAUGCUGCUUUAAUACGAGCUCAGGGUGCUUCCAGCAGUAGCGCAACAGGCUCAUCCAUCACAGGAAGCUCCAGAAAUGCUUCGACUGUGGCAAAUGGGAACAUACGCACACGGAAUAGCAGUGCACAAAGGACGUCGGCCUCUUCAGCGGUUCAUCCUCCAGCACAAAAUCCAAUACCUUCAUCAGCAUCCUUUCAGGCUGGACUGACAGAGGAGCAGGCUCUCCAACGAGCAUUAGAGAUGUCACUGGCUGAAUCGCCCCGAACCACCCAGUCUACACUCAGUCCUCAGGAGCAGGAGGAUCUGGCUCUGGCUCAGGCCCUUGCUGCUAGUGAGGAGGAGUACCGACGACAGCAGCAGAGACAACAGGUAUCCAGAACCAUUAGCAGUCAGUAGCAUGUUAUGCUUGUAGGACCUCAAUUAGGAAAGGGAUUCCAAGCAGUCCAACUGCCUUCUUUCAUAAAGUCAGCUCAAGAGGAUCCAAUGCAAUCUGCCUCAACCUAUACAGAAAAACACUGGUACCAGUUAUCUGAACAGACCAUUCCUCAGUUCAGCAUACGGUCUCCACAGACUGACGAUUUUAACUACAGAGCUUUAUGUAAAUAUUUUAUAUUAUAAUCGGGUUAAUACAUAUUCAGUGUAGAUGUUUCUGAAAAUAAAUUAUUUUAAACAUAUUGUAAA